GCUUCUCCGCGUGCCCUGCUGCAGUCCUGUGCCUGUGCAGGGAGGGCUGUAGAUGUGUUGGACCUCCUGUGGCUGCCCAGUGCUGUCCACACACCACCAGAGGACUUCAGGGACAUGCGCAUGGCCAGUUGGAGGGAGUAAGGGAGGGCCAGACCUCGAGAGGCCCAUGGUACCCCCAAGACCUGUGUUCUGGGCACUCGUGCUGGUGCUGUUGGGGUUUGCGCUGGGCUGGGCCCGGCAGCGCUCCUGCAGCGUCCCUGACGUGCUCCACCACUAUCGUGCCGUUAUCUUUGAGGACCUCCACGCAGCCAUGAGGCAGGUCAAACCAGAAGUUCAAAGGACAGGACUGGGCUCCAGACGCCACCAUUUAAUUCGGAAAAACCUGACUGGGGAUAGCGAAGGGCUGGGACGGCCUGAGGUCUCCUGUGGUACCCAGGAGGAGCACAGUAUCCUACUGUCCAUUAAGUCCCUGGGUCGGACCCUGCGCGGAGCAGUAGCAGGGGACCGCCGUGGAGCCCUGGAGAAAGCAGCGUGGACAGUAGCCAUUCGGACCGAGGCAGUGAUGCGUCGUCACUGCUGGACGCCACCACAGCAGAGCUGGUGGCCUAGGACGCGCCCUGCCUCUCGUCGUGGCAGCCGGAGGCGCCUUCUCCUGCGUGCCCUGGACACAGUCGCCACCUGCUGGGAGAAGCUCUUCGCGCUUCGUGCCGCGGCCACCAGUAAAUCCUAACGCCCCAGCGCUGCCCAUGAGUGCUGGGAUGCAGAGAACUGGGGUGGAGGAUCUGAUCGGAGACAGGACGGGCCUCUUUGGGAAUGGGCUUUAUUCGCGGUGUGCACGGCGACCUCGACCCUUCCACCGGUACAGCUCGCGCUCACGGAAGGACCCAGGACGUGGAGAAGCGAGCCCCACCCAGCCGUGGCCAUCCUGAUGUGGCCCACGUCCCAUGAACCAAGCGAGACCUUAAUAAAUGGGGUGUUGCUGCGG